AUGGUACAGGUCGUCGACGUUGAGCCCAGCUCGCCACCAUCACACGAGCUGCUGCCCGCGUGGGGGGGGCACACGGUCGAGGGCAGCAGCCUCCGCAAGGGUCUCUCCCUCGCCCCAUCUGCCAUCCCACGAUGUGCCAUUGCGAGCAGCAUCAGCUUGGAUGACCUCCUGGGGAACACCAACAACAGCAGCAGCAGCAGCAGCAGCAGUUUCCGCCCGCUCGGCGGCGGCUUCUACGAUAGCUCUACGGAUGGCACGUCCACACCAGCGGCCUCCUCGGUGGACGACUUCUUCACCUGGGCGUCGCCUCACGAGGGCAUGCGCUUUGACUUUCUGGAGCCAACACAAGCAACUUUCCAAGAACCAAAACGCUGGAAACGGAUCCGACAUGGCCAGGAUGUCGACGGCCCCAACACGGCCUCGCUGAGCUGCAAGAAGCGUCGCUUGCGCACAGAGCUCAUCACCAGCCGCCUGUCGCAGCCCUACUCGCUGCCCGCGACGCACAUCCUCAACAGGGAGGGUGCCAAGGAGGGAGACAAGCGCUUCGCCAAGAUCGCCACCUCGUACGAUGUCGCGAGACGAGCCGCGCACUUGCACGCCACCUCGUUCCUACGCUUCUCGGUCAUGAACCGCCUCCGGCGACGGCUUGGACUGGGCCACCCCGGCCAGCGCGUGCAGGUCGAGGAGGACGCCCGACAAAGUUCACAGUCCAGGGCGCCCUGGCAGUCGUCGCCGACGUGUCCCACCGUGUCCGCUGGGGCAAAGCACCUACGGUCGUCUCGGGAGGCCCUCAUCGCCUCCUCCGCGCGAGCCAUGGGCCACGCCUCCUUCAAGGUGCAGACGUUGCUGUCCCAGCCGGCCGCCCUUCCACUGCCCACGUGCGACCUCGCCGCCGCACGCAAGAGGACGUCUCCGCGCAUCCAUCCCAUCCGGUCGCCCGAGCUCCACCCCGAACGCAGCAGCGCGUAUUACGAAGAGCUGGACGACGACGGGCUUUUCUACCUGCACGGAGACGACUGCGCAGGUCUGAGCGAGGAUCCGGAGCAGGUGUACUCGGACUUUAGCGUCAUCUUUAGCAACGGCACCGCGGCGGCGGCGGCAGAGGAGGAUCAUUCGUACGAGGAGUAUCUGGAUGAGCUCGACGGCAUAUCGUGGGUGACGAUCUAG